AUGACAAGACAUGAAUAUCGUUCUCAAAAAGAACAAGAAGAUCCAGAUAUUGAGUAUAAUGAUUCUGAAUUUGAUGAAUAUUGGAACUCUCUUGCAUCUGUUGUUGAAAAAGAAGUCAAGCUUGAGACUUCUAUAAGUUUACUAACUACUACUUUAAAAGUCCUUCAAGAUAAUCCUAGUGAACCUGGUUUGUGUGAUGUUGAACUUUCAAGUGAUGAUAGUAAAAAUGAUGAUUUCGAUGAUUCUAAUGAUUUAUCUGAUCCUGAUUCUAAACGACCACGAAUUGAUAGUGAUUAUACAAAACCAUCAAUGCAUGGUGAAAGUCGAUUAGAAAGAAAUUACGAAAAAAUGGAAGAUGUUUUAAAUGCUUUAAUUGAUGAUUUUACAAGAAAGUGCAAUCAUAAUAAAGUUAAGUUAAAUAGUAUUGCUGAUGAACAGAUAGCAGAAUGCCAUGCUGCUUGUUCAGAAUUAAUACGCCAUUUCUGGAGUUGUUUUCCACCAAAAUGUCAAGAACAUUUAGAAAAAAUAUUAAAAAUUGUUCCUGCAUUAAAAGAUUUUGACACAUAUAAAAUUAAAAAAAUUGCUGAAAAGUAUGGUGAUGAUAAAGUGGAACAUUUACGAAAAAUGAUAGCUGUUAUUUGUGCUAGACUUGAAGAGUUAAAAACAAUUUUUGAUAACAAAUCAUUUACACAAUUAGAGUUAGAAGGUAGAAUUAUUGUUGAUAAUGACAAUCCUGAAAAUGUACUUAUAUUAUCUGAUGAGAAAAAUUUUGAUGUGCAAGAGAAUGGUAAAGAAUUUCAAAGAUUUUCUGAAAGAUUAUUUAAUAAUAUUAUGCAAAAUAGUUCUUCAAAUAAUGGCAUUAAUAUGAAUGGAACGCAAAGUGAUAGUAGUUUUAUUUAUGGAGAUCAUCAAGAAGGCGAGGAAAUCGAAGUAGAAGAAUACUAA